AACGAACUCCUCUGGACUGGAGACGACAAAAUACUCGGCUACGUAGCAGAAAAAGUUACUCAAGAACUUGAGCUCAAGUAGGCCGACUGCUAUUUUGUUUGUAGUUAUUACCAAAUUUACCAGCACUGGUGCAUUUAAGUUAAAAUCCACUAUCAGUCUUCGACAUCCAAGUUUUACAACAUUGAGUGGACGCCAGUUUUUCAUUUAAUAAAUUCAAGUUUUUAUAUUUGAGUGACAAAUCAGUUUAUUCUGUUACAAGAAGUAACCGGAAAAAUCAACAGUUCAAGGAUCCGCCCAACAUUUGCCGGCGUAAUUUUUGUUUACGUAAGUUUUAAGACACUUCUCCAUCUUACAUCUUCAUCGUUUUAAAUCAUGGCUAAAAUAAAAGCUGGACCUGUAGUAGAUAUUCUAGGAGACGAGAUGACAAGAAUCAUCUGGGAUGUUAUUAAAGAAAAACUAAUUCUUCCUUUCCUGGACAUUGAAUUGCAUGUAUUUGAUCUUGGAAUUGAAUCAAGAGACAAGACAAACGAUCAAAUUACCAUCGAUUGCGCCGAAGCUAUUAAAAAGUACAAUGUCGGUAUCAAGUGUGCUACAAUUACUCCAGAUGAGAAGAGAGUUGAAGAAUUUAAGUUGAAGCAAAUGUGGAAAUCUCCUAACGGAACGAUUCGUAAUGUUCUUGGAGGAACAGUAUUCCGUGAGGCUAUAAUUUGCAAGAAUAUUCCAAGACUUGUCACUUGCUGGGAGAAACCAAUCAUCAUUGGAAGACACGCUUACGGUGAUCAGUACAAGGCGACCGACUUUGUGGUUCCAGGCGCAGGCAAGUUGACACUCACUUGGAAAUCCAAUACUGGGGAAACUUUGGAGUAUACCGUCAAUGAUUACAAAGGACCAGGAGUUGCAAUGGGUAUGUUCAACACAGACGAAUCAAUUAUAUCGUUUGCACAUUCAUCAUUCAAGUUUGCUCUCGAUAGAGGAUAUCCAUUGUAUUUGAGCACAAAGAAUACUAUUCUGAAGAAGUACGAUGGCCGAUUCAAGGAUAUCUUCCAAGAUAUCUAUGAAAAAGAGUACAAGAAGCAGUUUGAAGCAAAGAAUAUUUGGUAUGAACAUAGGUUGAUAGAUGAUAUGGUUGCUUAUGCGAUGAAGUCUGAAGGCGGGUUUGUAUGGGCUUGCAAGAACUACGAUGGAGAUGUGCAGUCUGAUUCGGUGGCUCAGGGAUACGGAUCGCUGGGUUUGAUGACUUCUGUGCUGAUCUGCCCUGACGGCAAAACUGUGGAGGCUGAGGCGGCCCAUGGAACUGUCACACGUCAUUACAGAUUCUAUCAGCAAGGAAAGGAGACAUCCACAAAUCCUAUCGCUUCAAUUUUCGCCUGGACCAGAGGACUGGCUCAUCGUGCUAAACUGGACAAUAACAAGGAACUGGAGCAAUUUGCUCUCAAAUUGGAAGAAGUUUGCAUUGAAACAAUCGAAUCUGGAAUCAUGACCAAGGACCUCGCCAUUUGUAUCAAAGGAAUGAACAACGUCAAACGAUCAGAUUAUUGUGAAACCUUUGAGUUUUUGGAUAAACUAGCAGAAAACUUGAAAAAGAAGUUGAAUAAGUGACUAUCCGAUGUGCCAUGCAAAUUAUAAUGUGUUAUAAUGGUGUAGGAAAAUAUAAUUAUUUGGUCUGAAAUUCUAGGAACAGCAUUUGCUUUUAAAAAGUAUUUAAAUUGGAUAGUGCUUAUCAAUGCCAGCAACUCAAUAUUAAAUUAGACUUGUAUUUGUUGUGAACAUUAUUGUGAUUUGACUGAGAUAAAAAUUGCGGCAAAUUCAUCAAAGUAAUUUUAAAUGAACAAAAUAUUCGUUCAUACAAUAUUCACGGCUUCUACACUACAAAGUAAGUAAAUUAAUGCUAUUCUGAUAAUUCAAGUGUUUUGGAAGACUAUUUUAAAUUUGAAUUAAUUAUCUGUACAGAUUUAUUUUAGAAAUUCUUGAAAGAGGACUGAUCACACAUUUCAUGAAAUCUUAAAUAAAAUUUGUUGAAGGAUUGUUCUUAAUAAGUAAUGAAAGACUGCUAUUUAUAUUACGCUUCAAUGAAGAAAUAUCAUUUGGCGUAGAAUAUUUGUUAUAGGAAUAAUUGUUAUGUUGAAAACUUAUCAAUGACUUUAGAAGAUCAGUAUUUACAUUAAUAAAUAAUUUGUCUAAAUGUAUACAAAUUGUUGAGCACAAUAUGGAAUUAUCAUUAAAAUUGAUACUUUUGUAAUAGAA